UACGAACCCACUAGGGCGAGACAAUCAUCAUGUCCCACAUGCGCGGGAUCACAGCUUUCUGGCUUAUAAAUAAAUCCGAACUGUGAGAACAGAGUUCAUUGUCAUUGAGGGGAGUUGUUACGUCGUUGGGGAAGCUUAUAACCACUGUGCUCAAUCGUACAAGUUCAUUUUGAUGUAGCAGUCAUUCUUAAGAGCCCGCCAGUCAAAUCGAAAACGUCAUUCGUCUAUCGUCAUUUUGAGGGCUAUGAGUUUGGAAAAGAGAAAUAAUUUCGUUGGGACAAUAAACUCGUUUUAUUAACGAUUCACACAGGAGGAUUUGAUAUAAACUUAUCGUACGUAAAUUCGCACGUGUACUGUAUGUGAUACAAGUGAACACAAAUAGCACGUAGAAUCGUAAGCGUAUGUUACGUAACAGUACUUUGAUUUCAUGUGUCCUGUGCGGGUGUAUUGAGUGUGUUACGACACUGGGCAUCACACUUCUACUUGGUGAAUGAGCGUUGUCAUUUCUGAUUUUCUAGCUUGCGUUGAGACAGCACUAAUUAACGUUGUUUCGUAUAAAUUAACACCAGUCGCGAGUAAUGUUGAGGGACGUGUGGACAAGGACAUCCUUAUACGACUCGGCGAAAUGUGAAAAGAAUAUUUAUUUUGGUCUAGAGUAGCUGAUAUUGAGUGUUUCUCCACGAAUAUUGAAUUGGUUCGUUUAAAUAAUUCAGGUUUUUUGACCAGUCAGUCUAAUGAAUUUUCUGUAGGCCUAGGAGUAGCUAAUAUAAUUAAAUAUUUCAAACCGAUAUAGCGUUGUUUCUUGAGCUCCAGGAAUUUAUUUCUUGGACCAUUACCAGGAUUAUAUAAUUAUCGUGCUGUAGCAUCUUAGGAAUUUUUUGUGAUUAAACUCGCUGGCGGCAUGAGGUUUUACUUAUCUAUUUGCAUCGUCUGCAUUCUGUCAUAUUGCUAUGGCAACCCAACGGAUUACUUGAAGGAAAAUGGUUACCCAGAAGAUGGUGGUGACGGGGAGGACUACGGCAGCUACACGUCCGUGGGAGCAGAAAAAGAUGCAAGUGGGAAAGUUGAUCCCCACGGAAGCUGGUUGUCAUUUGUUCGUCAUUCAUCAAAUAAUGCAAACAACAAGAAGAAGGCAGACAAGAAGAAAAAACAAGAUAGAACUCUGCAUGGUCCUCCUGGGCCCGAAGGACCACCUGGACCACGAGGACCACCCGGUCCACCUGGGGCCAAGGUAACUAAAGAAGAAUUGAUGAGCGAAUUUAAAGAUUUAAUUCGAGCAGCCGAAAGAAGAGCGCAAAUAAUAGUACAGGAAAGGUGUCCUAAUUGCAAAGUGAACACCACACAGACAUGGCUACCCGAAGUCACAGAUUCGGUUUUGCUUCCAGAGCCGGCACCAUUGCCCAUCGCCUACCAUUGCAAGUUGAAAGGAAGUUUGACCGUCCCUAAGAAAAGCUUAAUAGAAGUGACAAAUUUUCAGACGCCUUUUGGUGGCGGUUCAUUUAAAAGAGGCGACGGUUUAGAUGUGAAAACAGGCAGGUACACAGCUGAGAAAACGGGGAUCUACCAGUUAUCGGCUAAUCUCCACAUCAACCAUCCCACAUCAAAGAAACGAUUACGUGAACUUAAAAACAGAGACCACAUUCGAGUACUAAUUUGCAUCGACUCUCUUUGUCACAGACACACGUCGUUAGAAUAUAUAUCCGGUCUUGAAAGCAACAGCCGUGUAUUCACUGUCUCUGUCAGCGGUCUUCUGAAGUUAGAGGAGAGCCAAUACGCAUCGAUAUACGUGGACAACAGUUCAGGAACGACGGUAACUAUUCAGAGUGGCUCUGAUUUCUAUGGAAUGCUGGUGGGUCAGUAGUUUGUCUAAACAGCGUUCAUGCUUACGAAUCGACUACACAGAUAACAGUACGUCAACAGGCGGUAACGUGGAUCCGCCGGUUGUGAUCGAUUUAAUAAAAGAAUAUGCCGACUGUCUCGAGUCUUGAUGUUUGUGAAAUCCUGACGUAUAAAGUACAUAAGAAGUAUUCAUAUUUAAAACAUUAUAAAUAUCCAUAGCAACUUUGUAAGACACUUUGAUUUACAACAUGAGGACAGUGGAAAUCGUGACGUACUGGUGUAACGACGCAACAUUCGCUGAAACAUUUAUACAGCACUGGAAGUUUGCGUCGCGUUUACAUCGAGUUGGAGAAAAUUAUUAUAUAUUGUGGAUAGUCUCUAUGCGUUAUUAAUCAAUAAAUGUAAAUAUUAAUUUUAAACUUAAUUUGAGUGACGAUCUUAUUUGGGAUAAAUUGUAAUUGUAAUUAAGUGACACAAUAUUGCAUAGCAUAUAUUAUAUGAGUAUUUAAGAAAAACAGAAGAUAGUUAAAUUGUGUUACUCUGUCACACACAUCAAUGGAUAAACUUAAGCCAGGUGCACACAACGCCGGCCAUUUUGUCCACCAACGCAAUUUCCAGAGAUUGUAACGCGAUGAUAGGCGCCGUGCGACGAAUCGUUUUCGACGACGAUUCGCUUAUACUAGACCAAACGACCGAGAACCGGCAGACAGCGUCGUAGACUCGUAUCUGAAUCGCGGCGACCGACCGUCGCCGACGUAGUGUGUACCAGGUUAUAAAUGCAAUUGUUGAUUUUAUAAAAGAAAAGAAAAGAAAACUAACAUAAUAAAUAUAUGGUAAAAUACUUUUGCCGCUCGUUUUCAAUAAAGAUAGACUCAAUUUUUUGAGUGGCACAUUUUAGAAACGUGUAUGUAAAUAAGGGUUUCUCUCAUUAAAUAUUAGGCCUAAUUAUAAAUAUUAUUAGUUAUAUUUCUAUUAUUAACUAAGACACAAUUGAUAUUGGCCUAGAUAGGCCUAAGUUGUCUUGUAAUUCAAAAACACAUUGAAUAAGCAGUAUUAGCAUCAAAUCAUAUUUUUCUUAGGUUUACGUUCAAAGCUGACGUAAUUAAGUGGCAAUCGUAAUGUUUAUAGGAGCUACGGUUUGUUGCCGUACCUGAUGGCAUAAAAAAACUAAACCGUUUGCAUUACUGCCAAAAGUUGGAUAUAAUAUCGUUACUGUUACCCAGAUUGGUCACUUACGCUUCUUUGUAGGCUACAUACUAACGUCGAAAGCGGGUUCUAAUUCAAUCCAAUCCAAUGUUCGACUUAUAAGGUGCAUUAUACGAAGUCUCAAUGAGUCAGGGGUUAGGUGCGUGGCUGUUGUACGCCGUAUUUGCGGCAACAGUUACGUAUUGCUCUUAAGAUGGUCCAGACCACCGAAAAAGAGCUUAAUGGGCCUAUCCUCAGUGACGUAUCAGACAGAACAUACUCUACACUAUACGGUAGCGGAGAAGAAAAUUAUUACGGGAACAAAUACCUUUGAUUCGAGCCAGCUGUAACAAUAUUUUAAUUAAUAUAAGAACCAAUGUAAAUAUGAUUUUUUUUUUCUUAUUGAAGAUUUUUGAAUAAAUCUCUGGACGAGAAAAAAUGCAAA